AUGAGAUUCUCAACUUUAUCCCUGGCGGCUCUCGCCUCCUUCACAUGUACCGUCUCGGCUCUCUCACCCGCCGACUGGAAGAAGCAAUCUAUCUAUCAAGUCAUGACGGAUCGGUUUGCUCGCACUGAUGGCUCGACCACUGCCGCUUGUGAUACGUCCGCUGACAAGUAUUGUGGGGGUUCAUGGCAAGGCAUUAUCAACAAGCUGGAUUAUAUCCAGGACAUGGGUUUUACUGCGAUCUGGAUAUCGCCCAUUGUGGAAAAUCUGCAAGCGGAUGGCGCUUAUCAUGGAUAUUGGGCUCAGAAUAUCACAGAGUUAAACACUAACUUCGGGACCGAAAGCGAUUUGCUUGCUCUAUCUACGGCACUCCAUGGUAAAGGCAUGUACCUUAUGGUCGAUGUCGUUACAAAUCACAUGGGUUAUAAUGGGUGCCGCGAUUGUGUCGAUUACAGCAUCUUUGAUCCUUUUAACUUGCAAUCUGAUUAUCACACCCCCUGCGCCAUCGAUUACAACAAUGCCACGAGUGAAAAGGUCUGUUGGGAGGGAGAUGACACUGUUUCUCUGCCGGAUCUCAGAACCGAGGAUUCUGGUGUGUUGGCUACGUGGAAUACUUGGAUUGGCGGAAUUGUGACCAAGUAUAGCAUUGAUGGUUUGAGGUUGGAUAGUGCCCUGGAGGUGGAUGUGGACUUCUUCUCUCCUUUUGAGGCUGCAGCUGGUGUCUAUAUUGUGGGGGAAGCCUUCAAUGGGGACCCUUCUACUGUUUGCCCAUUACAGGACUCCCUGAGCGGUUUAUUGAAUUACCCCGCCUACUAUUGGAUUACUCAAGCAUUCGAAAGCACUAGCGGCAGUAUGAGCAACCUUGAGAACGGCAUCAAUACCAUGAAGUCAGAAUGCUCUGAUACAAAUCUCCUCGGAUCAUUCCUGGAGAAUCAUGAUGUCGCACGCUUCCCGUCCUACACUUCUGACAUCUCUUUGACUAAGAACGCAAUUGCUUUUACAAUACUUACAGACGGAAUCCCAAUUGUUUAUGAAGGCCAGGAGCAGCAUUUCUCUGGAACAGGAGACCCAUCCAGCCGUGAAGCCGUCUGGCUCUCAGGAUAUCCUACUGACUCCACAUUCUAUACAUGGAUCGCAUCCCUCAACCAAAUCAGAAACGAAGCAAUCAACCUGGACCCAACCUACGUCACGUAUAAAGCAAACCCAAUCUACUCCGAUUCCUCCAACAUUGUGAUGCGAAAAGGAAACACCGGUUUUCAAAUGAUCAGCGCCUUCACCAACACAGGUGCUAGCGGUAGCUCUAGUUUCACACUGUCGUCUACCGAAACCGGCUUCAACUCUAGCCAGGCUUUAAUCGAAGUCAUGAGCUGCACAGCUGUCACAACAGACUCCAGCGGAAAUCUUGCUGUGACGUUGACCAGCGGACUACCAGGCGUCUACUUUCCAAAGUCUCUACUGACAGGAAGCGGUAUCUGCUCUUCUAUCACAGGCUCUAAAUCCAGCACAUCAGCCUCGGCCUCAGCAACUACAACUGCCCCAUCGACCACAGACACCUCGUCAGCCACAGCCACGUCGACGAAGACUUCCAAAUCCGCGAGUUCUAGCCUAACAACAUCAUCAGUAGCGAGUUCGACAUCAGCAUCCUGCACAACAGCAACCUCCGUCGCCGUCACAUUCAAUGCACUCGAGUCGACCGCAUACGGUGAGACCAUCAAGCUCGCCGGCAAUACCACCGCACUCGGCAGCUGGGCUCCAGCCAACGCCCUCGCGCUCUCCGCAGCAAACUACACAGCCAGUAACCCUCAGUGGUCCGUCACCGUGAGCAUGGCGCCAGGGACGGCGGUGCUGUAUAAGUUCAUCAAGGUGGGGAGCGGGGGGAGCGUGGCGUGGGAGGCGGAUCCGAAUAGGAGUUAUACGGUGCCUGUUGGGUGCGCUGCUGCUGCUAUGGUGAGGGAUGUCUGGCAGGCUUGA